AUGAGCGGAGAAGAGUUCCGGACAAGUGGCCAUCAGUUAGUGGAUUUAAUUUGUCAGUAUAUCCAAGACGUCGGCACUAAGGCAAUACAUCCAUUUGUUAUGCCUGGUUUCCUGAUCAAGGAACUGCCUGCCAAUGCUCCGAAGGACGGCGAAGAAUGGGCUGACAUUAUAGAGGACGUCGAGGACAAGAUAAUCCCUGGGCCAUCUGAAAGCGACGCGCUGCUGAUCUCGAUGCUGGCGGCGCGCUACCAGAUGACGAAGGGCAACCCCCGUCAGCGCCCUCCCUCGGUUCCGACGCGGACCAGCCAGAGGCCGUUGGACGAUAUCGACGAGGCGGUGGACCGGAUGCGCAUGCUGACCGCCUACUGCUCCACAGAGGCUCACUGCAGCGUCCAGAAAGCCGCGCGCCUUUGUAUGGUGCAGCUGCGCGUUCUGGACGCCGACCGGAGCGACUGCCUCAGCGCGGAGAGGCUCAGGCGGGCAAUAGAAGCCGACGUGGAUAAAGGAUUCGUGCCGUUCUAUGUGGUGGCUACGAUUGGCACGUACGCGACGGCUGCUUCGGACAACUUGAAGGCAAUCGGCGCCGUCUGCCAAGAGUACCCAACCAUUUGGUUCCACGUGGACGCCUCGUACGGCGGCAACGCGCUGCUUUGUCCCGAGAUGCGCCACCUCAGCCUGGGGAUCGAAUACGCCAAUUCCAUUAGCGUGUGCCCCGAGAAGUGGGCGCUCGUCAACCACGACUGCACGUGCUUCUGGACGAGCGACUACCUGCGGCUGAUCGAGGGCCUCGUCGUGAACCCGACGUACCUGCAGUACGAGCAGCAGAACGAAAGCAUCGACUACCGGCACUGGGGGGUGCCACUGUCUCGCCGCUUCCGAGCCCUCAAGCUGUGGUUCACCCUACGCAGCUACGGGCUGCACAACCUACAGAAGCACAUCCGUAACCACUGCCUGCUGGCGGAGCGCUUCAGGGCAUUCAUCAACAGCGACCGCCGCCUGCAGCUAAUGAACCUCGUCGAGAUACGUCGUAAAUGUAAGUGUCGGCCUUCAAACGAGCAAUUCCCGCAGCUAGGCGUGGUGUGCUUCCGUGUCCUGCGCACCGGCGAAUCGCAGCCGCUGCCUGCAGACCAACUGACGGAGCUGCUACUGGCCUUCAUCAACCAGUCUGGCCGAACAUUCAUGUCACCUGUGCGAGUUGGCGACAACUUUUGCAUCCGUUAUUGUAUCACCGCGGAAAACUAUACGCAUGAGGACGUAGCCACUCAACCAAAACUCUUCUGCCGAGGGCCAAAUGGGUGGUCCAGUCACGUGCCUUCGGAAGAGACGACGCAGCUGGUGGUGGGGGCCCUCUUAGUGCGGUGA